AUGCCAAAAGUCAGACAAUUUUCGGUCCAUGAACUCGAAAACAAUGGGAAAAUAUUCAUUUCCAUCGUUUUUGAUGAAAUUGUGACCCAUAUUUCGUCUGAUAUUGAUUCGAAUUUAGUGAAAAUUGAAAGAUCUGGAAAAUCUGAAAAAACUGAAACUGGAGAUAUCCACCAAAUCGCUUCGGAUAUAUGCAACGAAUUUAUCGAAAACGGACUAUUGGAAUCUGAAAACUUCCAAAUCGAUAAAACGAAAAUCCCAGUUCCUUCAAAUCUUCAAAAAAUCCGUUGUAGCCGAUUUUCAUCGGCUUUUCUUGGAGAUCAAAAAGUAAUAAAAUGGUUGGAAAAGCUGGAUGGAGACGUGGAAAUUCUGAAAUUGACUGAAAAUGGAGUAAUCAAGGGAUUGGGAACAAUGGAGCAGUUGAAGAAUGUGACAAAGGAGCUAAUUGCAGUUGGAUGUGAUAUUUCAGAUGAGGAAUUGGAGAAUUUAAGAGAUGAUUACUGUAGACUAGUACUGCAUUCUGAGAAAUUGACAGAGAAAGGAGUCAAAAGGGCUUUGGAGAACUAUCUGGAACAACCACAAAAAGCUGGAAACGUCUUCGACGUUCGAUUUAAGGCUUCUUCGACGGAUUUUGAUAAAAAUGAUUUGUUCAAAGGUUUGAUGAAAGCAGAAAUCACAUGGGAACAAUAUUUUUCCUUCAAAAUCAGUUAUUCGUUGAAUUGUGGAAAAAUUUUAGAAUAUGACGGAUUCUAUUUUGAUUUAGAAAACGGACUUCAUUCAGUGAAAAUUAUGAUCCCAAUGGAUUGGAAACCAAGAUUGAGAGAUGGAAAUACUGUUUAA